AUGCCCUCUCAUUCAGUCCCUCUGCCCUCACAUUCUUUCAAACCCUUCCCUCACAUUCAUACUCUCUGCCCUCGCAUUCUUUCACUCCCUUCAAUCACAUUCAUUCCCUCUGCCACAUCAUUCAUUCCCUCCGCCCUCAGUUCCAUUCCCUCAGCCCUCACAUUCAUUCCCUCCCUUCCCUCACAUUCAUACCCUUUGCCCUCCCAUUCAUUCCCUCCCUUCCCGCCCAUUCAUUCCCUCUGUCCUCACCUUCGUUCCCUUCUUACAUCACAUUCAUUCCAUCUGCCGUGCCAUUCGUUGCCUCCCUUCCCUUCCCGCCCAUUCAUUCCCUCUGUCCUCACCUUCGUUCCCUCCUUACAUCACAUUCAUUCCCUCUGCCGUGCCAUUCGUUGCCUCCCUUCCCGCCCAUUCAUUCCCUCUGUCCUCACCUUCGUUCCCUCCUUACAUCACAUUCAUUCCCUCUGCCGUGCCAUUCGUUGCCUACCUUCCCUCACAUUCAUUCCCUCCGUUCCCUCACAUUCAUUCCCUCUGCCCUCACAUUCAUCCCCUCCCUUCCCUCACAUUCAUUUUCUAUCCGAUCUCACCUCCCCUCCAUAUUGUGAACCCUUCAUCCAUGCCUUCACACCCCUUCCACCAUCUGCCAGAAAUUCCAUUCUCCCCUUUCCAUCUCUGUCCUUUCCAUCUCCACCCUUUCCCCCGAUUCGUCUCCUCCCCUCUGCACCGCAUGCCAUGUGCUCUCUUUCCCCUCAUCUCAGCACCUCCCUUUCCCCUAAACCCAUCUCCUAUGCCGUCCCCCCAUGCCACCUCAUCCCCCUACGCACCUAUCUUCCCCGUUUGCUCUCUCCUCCUUUCUCCCUCUGA